AUGUUGAACAGCUUCUGGACCAUCAUUGUAGAACAAUGGCUUGAUGUAUUCGGAAGCAAACAAGUUCAUGGCUAUGAAGAAACAAAGGAAACCAAUCAAGAUACCAAAGUUUCUCCAGACAUGGCUGUACUUAUAACUCAAACCGUUCUUCAAGUAAUCCUUACCUCUAACAUAAUCAUUACCCAAAGUAGCACCUUGCCAAGCACAGGCUUUGUUGGUGACAGGAACAUUUUGAUAAGUAGGACCACGAGGAACGACAGAUUCAGUACAGUCAAGUUUCAAGUUGAACAUUUCAUUGGCUAG